AUGCCCAACAGCAGCUCUGUGAGUGAGUUCCUACUGCUGGCAUUUGCAGACACGCGGGAGCUGCAGCUCCUGCACUUUGCGCUCUUCCUGGGCAUCUACCUGGCUGCCCUCCUGGGCAAUGGCCUCAUCCUCUCCACCAUAGCCUGUGACCACCGCCUCCACACCCCCAUGUACUUCUUCCUCCUCAACCUCGCCCUCCUUGACCUGGGAUCCAUCUCCACCAUUGUACCCAAAGCCAUGGCUAAUUCCCUCUGGGACACCAGGGCCAUCACCUAUCAAGGGUGUGCUGCCCAGAUCUUCUUUUUUGUCUUCUUGAUUGGAGCAGAAUAUUGUUUUCUCACCAUUAUGGCCUAUGACCGCUACAUUGCCAUCUGCAAACCCCUGCACUACGGGAGUCUCCUGGGCAGAAGAGCUUGUGCCCAGAUGGCAGCAGCUGCCUGGGGCAGUGGCUUUCUCAAUUCUUUGCUCCACACUGCCAAUACAUUUUCACUGCCACUGUGCCAAAUUAAUGUACUGGACCGGUUCUUCUGUGAAAUCCCUGAGAUCCUCAAGCUCUCUUGCUCAGAUGCCUAUGUCACAGAGUUUGGGUUUCUUGUUAUGACUGUCUGUUUAGCCUUUGGUUGUUUUGUUUUUAUUGUGUUGUCCUAUGUGCAGAUAUUCAGGGUUGUGCUGAGGAUGCCCUCUGAGCAGGGAAGGCAGAAAGCCUUUUCCACAUGCCUGCCUCACCUGGCCGUAGUGUCCCUCUUUCUCAGCACCAUCAUGUUUGCCUACCUGAAAACCACCUCCAUUUCCUCCCCAUCCCUGGAUUUGGUGGUAGCAGUUCUUUAUUCAGUGGUGCCUCCAGCAGUAAACCCCCUCAUCUACAGCAUGAGGAACAAGGAGCUCAAGGAUGCGUUGUGGAAACUCUUUGGAAAAUUGUUUCUCCAGCAUCAGUAA